UGUCUUUUGCAGAAAUGCAAUUUUUUAUUAUUACGCUGUAUUGAAAGCAGCCCCCCUGCUAUUCUUGCAAGAUCAUAGCUGACCACAAAUAUAGCUUUGCUACACUUCUAUUUAUUGUUUCGAUCGCCAAGAUUUGUUGACACGUUCUUGACGGACAAACAUUGUUUCUGAUAAUCUUACCGUUUUCGCUUAACCACACUUUUCAUUUGACACUUUUGAAUGUUGCGAUAGCCAUAGUGACGAAUGUUAUCAAAGUUUUGUGUUAUAUGAGAUUUCAUGGUAGUCAGAGCUCAAAACCAAAAGUUUAAAUCGCGUACAUUGCAUCUAAUUCCCAGAAAAGAUUUUAUGCGAUCAUAUCUUGUCACGUUUGCAACAGCAAAGAUACCUGUAUGUGUAGACAAAGACGACGGGCUAUUUCAAUUAAGAAGAAGGUACAUUAAAGAGUACUUUAUCGCGUACGUGCCAAAGAUCGUAAGUUUCUCAAAAGCAUGUAUCAUUUCGUAACAUCCAAUACGGACAAAGAGCGUACUUCUAGUCCAGUUAAACGAUGGGCAAAAAGAUUACAACUUAUUUGAUAUUAGUUGUACACUCAGAAGCUAUGAUAGUACUAGAGGCUUAAUU